GUAGUUCUGUCUAAGCUUUCCUAGUGUUAAGUCAACAUAUUUCUUAGUUAAUCACUGCGCUUUAAAAGCUUAAAAAUUAAUUUAUGGUUUAGUUAUCACGGAAUAAAGUAUAAAGUACGAUAUUGUGGAUGCAAAUAAUUACUGUACCAAAUCGGACUGCUUUAUCUCGCGUCUGGCCUCUGUUCACCACAAUUAAACAGUCAGGUUUGCAUUCAGUCUGAUCGCGCCUCGCAGCGUGAAUAGUGACUAUGUAAUCAUUUUCCACUUCGGUUUUAAUUAGUAACGAGUGAUUGUGCAGUUUUCACCAUUAACGGAUUUUAAAAUGUGGAAGUUUUCGUGUGUUACCAUUUUGACUAUUUUUGGACUUGCUGUGAUACAAGUUGACAGUGCGAGUAUACUGGCUGUUUUCCCAUAUGCAGGCAAAUCUCAUUUCCAUGUCUUUCAACCUAUCCUACAAGAAUUAGCAAAACGUGGUCAUGAAGUCACAGUUAUUACCCACUAUCCCCAAAAAACGCCCUUGAAAGGUUACACUGACAUAUCAGUUGCUGCUAAGGAGAGUUUCUCCGAAAAUGUAGUCGACCUUGAAGGGGUUCUCACGGCGGGUACCUGGUCCAUGAUCCAAGCUGUUGCUAGUCUUGGAAAAGAGACCUGUGACAAUCUAAACCAUCCUAAUUUUGACAAAUUUCUAAAAACUAAAGGACUCAAGAAGAAAUAUGAUCUGAUGCUCAUAGAAUUCUUUGUAACAGAUUGUUUCCUAGCAUUGGCCCACCACCUAGACAUACCUUUCAUUGGGAUAACUUCUCAUAUUCUUAUGCCAUGGUCUAAUACUCGUAUUGCAAGCAUUGACAAUCCUUCGUUUGUGCCUAACCAUUUCAUCGGAUAUUCCGAUAAAAUGACAUACCGAGAAAGAAUAGUCAAUACUAUUCUGUAUUUUGGUAGUAAACUUGUGGAGCAUUAUAUUGUGGAUGAACCUGGUAAUGAAGCAGCCAAAGCUAAAUUUGGGCAAGACCUGCCACACUUGGAUGAUAUUGCUAAGAAUGUCAGCUUGAUGUUGACAUAUACGCAUUUUUCUAUCACAAGACCACGUCCUUUGGUACCCAGUAUGAUUGAGAUCGGAGGAUUGCACUUGCAUAACACCCAGUUGAAACCAUUACCAAAGAACAUCGAGAAAUGGAUAAACGAAUCCAAGGACGGCGUCAUCUACUUCAGCAUGGGAUCCAUGAUCAAAGGACACACCUUCCCCGAGGAGAAACGCAAGAUUUUCCUCAAAGCUUUCGGUCGUCUCAAGCAGCGCGUGUUGUGGAAAUGGGAAAACGAGACUAUGCCGGACAAACCCGAUAACGUCAUGAUUCAGAAAUGGAUGCCGCAGUAUGACAUUCUUUGUCAUCCUAAUGUGAAGGCUUUUAUUGCUCAUGGAGGACUUUUAGGAACCACUGAAGCGGUGCACUGUGGUGUACCGGUGGUGGUAAUGCCACAAUUCGGCGAUCAACACACGAAUGCCCGCGCACUUGAAGCUGGCGGCGGUGGUGUAGUCCUCAACUUUAGGGAAGCCGACGAGGAGAUGGUUUACAACGCGCUCAAGACUGUCCUGGAUCCGGAAUUCAACAAAAAAGCUAAAGAACUCUCAGCUCGUUUCCGUGAUCGUCCAAUGUCGCCAAUGGACACCGCCAUUUAUUGGAUUGAGUACGUGGCCCGCCACAAGGGUGCGCAUCAUAUGCGCACUGCUGCCGUCGGCAUGCCCCUUUACCAAUACCUGCUGCUCGAUGUCUUCGGCUUUCUCGCCGUGUGCACAUUAUCUAUUCUGUUUAUUGGCAUCUAUGUGACCAAGCUUUUCUUCCGCUUGGUCAUGUCCAUGUUCUCUAAGAGUGAUAAGAAGCAGAAGAAACUGAAGAAAAACUAAUCACUUUACAUCAAAUAGUCACAAUAAUUAGAUACAUGUCUAAGAAACAAAAAAAAGACGUCAAUAAUAAUCAUACCAAAAGUGUUAUUAGCUUGGAACUUAAUUUUUUACAUAUUUGGAGUUUUAAUAGUAAAAUUUAAAGUAUAAUGUAAUUAAAAUGAGAUUUAUCUAACGUUAAUAAAGUGGGGUUUUACAUUAUUAAUAAAA